AUGGCAGCUUCGCAACAUGUUGGACAGCGCAUUUCCUAUGACGGCGCCCUUUGCACAGUGAGAUACGUCGGUGAAGUCGCAGGCACAACAGGAACAUGGCUGGGCGUAGAAUGGGACGACUCAGCACGAGGCAAACAUGACGGAUGUCACAAGGGCGUUCGCUAUUUCACCUGCAAAUCAAAGUUCCCCACCGCUGCUUCAUUUGUGCGUCCUUCUCGACCGGCUGACCCGCCGCGUCACUUCUUAGCAGCAGCCAACCACAAAUAUGCAAGCGAGUACACGCUUCCAGAUGGUAGAAGGGCGGCAGAAGAAAUCAUCUUUUUCGGAAAGCGUGCCGAGGAGGUCGGCUUUGAGAAGAUCCGCCGAAAGCAAGCCAAUAUCGGCGAGCUGACUAUUGUGAUCCUGGAUGAUCUUCAGAUUGCCGACGCAAGGGCAGACGAUGAAAGCGAGGGAACCAUCACCAAGACGUGCCCCAAAAUUACCCAACUGGACCUUAGUCGUAAUUUGUUCCAACACCUUGAUCCUGUCUUUGACAUUUGUCGUGAGCUACCAAAACUCCAACAUCUCACCCUCAAUGGCAACCGUUUCCAGGAAGUUUUGGAAAACCAAACUCAAGGCGUUGUGGAAAACGUCAAAGAGCUGUCCCUGGAGGAAACCAUGAUGAGCUGGGAGGAAGUUUGCCACAUCGCAACAAAGUGUCCGUCUUUGGCAGCUCUUGAUGCCGGAUCAAACCAACUCCAUUCUCUCCCAGCACUAAACUAUGGGAGCCUUCCAUCAACUUUGACAUCGAUCAACCUUGAGAUUAACGAAUUCACCACCUUUACUGAUAUUAGUACACUCACUGCACUCACGUCUUUGCGCAAUAUUCAUCUCAAGGGAAACAACAUCACUGCAAUCGCACCGGAAGGCGUCGAAGGCCCAAUAUUCUCAGAGAGCGUUCAGUACCUCGAUGUAUCAUACAACAAUAUCCAGUCAUGGAAAUUCGUGGACCAGAUUCCCAAGCAUUUCCCUGGUUUGGUGGGGUUGAGAAUCGGCCACAAUCCCUUCUACGAUGCUGUUGAUGCUGAUGCCAAAUCAUCUUCUUCUGAAGAAUCUCACAUGUUUACCGUCGCUCGCUUGGCUUCGCUCAAGUCCCUCAACUUUAGUCAGGUCACAGCAGCCGACCGGACCAAUGCUGAGAUGUUUUACCUCUCUCGGAUCGGAAAACAGCUUGCGGCCGCACCUGAGGAAGCUGAAGCAGAUGUUCUGGCCCACCACCCUCGCUGGGCAGAACUAUGCGAGAUUUACGGCGCACCCAGCGUUAUGCGUAGGUCAGAAGUCAACCCUGCCUUUUUGGAAGCUCGCUUGGUCACUGUUGCCUUUCAUAAAGAUGGGGGAGAGGAGAGAGUAACAAAGAUACCCAAAUCCUACGACAUGUACGCUGUCAAAGGAGUUGCUGGAAAGGUAUUUGGCCUGUCCCCCCUCAAACUUGGCCUCAUCUGGGAAACAGGAGAGUGGGAUCCUGUCGCUGGAUUUGAUGACCAGGAGGGCGAAAGCAGCGACGAGGAGGAUGCCGAGGGAGAGAGGGAGCGCAAAGAGGCCGACGCAAACGCUGCUGACGAGGACAGCGGAGGCAAACCAGGUCGAUGGGUGAAGAGAGAAGUUGAACUUAGAGAUGGGCCUAGGCAGUUAGGUUAUUGUGUGGAUGGCUUGGAUGUCAAGAUUCGUGUGGAGGCUCGUUAG